UUCUUUACGGAAGUACGGAGUAAAUCCAAUGCCAAGACGGUCGAGGGCCGAUGGCAGCCUGAGGCAUCCACAACGUCAUCCGUUGCCCGGCGGGGUUUCGCCGGGUUUUUCCCACGUCAACAAAAGUUGCCGCGCAACGAUCUCUCUUCUCUCCGUGCGCUCUGCUGACCCCGACAAUGGCAUCGUACGUGCUUCUUUCUCUAGGACUGCCUCCGUUGUGUGUUGCGCAGAGAGACUAAUAUCCUGGUUUAGCAAUAUUCUUCAGGUUCCUUUUCGACGUUCCCACCCCGUUUCCUUAUCCGAUGCCAUCACCCAAUACAUCUCGUCCAAAUAUGACCAGCGUCCGGAUAUGUUCGCAGAUGAUCUCUUGAUCAUCGAUCGACUGCGAAAUGAAGCGAUCAAUGUACAGGAACCUCAUGUGAGCGGAAUUAGCCGGCUGGUCACAUACGCAGCGCAGCUUAAAUGGCUGGGUGGGAAAUUUCCAGUGGAUGUAAGUCGAUGCCCCCUCACAUUUCCCUUCCUUAUGAGGAGAAUCGUGAUGAUUGACAUAAGCUGGUUUAUUGUAGGUCGGUGUGGAGUUUCCGUGGUACCCUGCUUUUGGGUUUAAUACGUCAAGGCCUAGUAUGUCGUGGACGGAUCCAUCGGACAAUGGAGGAAUAGAUUACUAACUCGAGGACAAGUCUCGCAAAACAACAUCCGAUUCGAACUGGCCAACAUCCUCUUUAACCUCUCCGCAUUAUACUCGCAACUGGCAUUUUCGGUCAACCGGACGACGUCCGACGGACUCAAACAGGCAUGCAACUACUUCUGCCAGGCGGCCGGAGUCCUGGCACAUCUGCGCACAGAGGUCCUUGCGGACCUUCGCACGACUCCUCCCGAGGACAUGGAUGAGAUGACGCUUUUGAGCUUGGAGCAGCUCCUUCUAGCCGAGGGGCAGGAGUGCUUUUGGCAGAAGGCCGUCAAGGACGGACUGAAGGAUGCGUCGAUCGCUCGGCUGGCGGCCAAGGUCUCUGACUUCUAUGCAGACGCGGGCGACCAUGCGGUCAAGUCGAACGCCAUCAGCCCCGAAUGGAUCCAUCACAUGACGGCCAAGCAUCACCAUUUCGCCGCUGCGGCGCAGUAUCGACAAUCGUUGGACUGCUUGGAGAAGCGCAAGUAUGGCGAGGAGGUGGCGCGCCUCCGGGAUAGCGAGGCCUGCGUGAACGAGGCCUUGAAGGAAUCGCGAUGGAUCAAUCGCACCGUGCUGGGGGAUCUUCAAGGGUUGAAGAACCGAGUGACGGAGGACCUAAAACGCGCGGAAAAGGACAACGACGUGAUAUACCUCAUUCCGGUCCCGCCGAAGUCGGAGCUCAAGAUUAUUGACCGCGCAUGCAUGGUUGCAGCCAAGGCUCCGUCUCAAGUGACGGACGCCAUCUCCAUGCUCGGAGACAAUGGGCCCCUGGGCCAGCCGUUGUUCUCGAAGUUGGUGCCCUAUGCUGUCCACAUCGCCGCCAGCAUCUACUCGGACCGUCGUGAUCGGCUGGUCAACGAGACCAUCAUUGGCGAGUUGGAGACUAUGACUGACAAACUGCGAGACUUGUUGUCAUCUCUAAAUCUUCCCGGCUCUCUGCAGGCCCUCGAGAAGCCGCUUGGCCUACCGCCGACACUCGUGUCCCACGCUGAAGAGAUGCGCCAGCAGGACGGGCUGAAUCGACUACGUCGGUCUCUCGAAGAUACGUCCAAGGUGAAGGGGAAUGAUAGGGCGAUUUACAAUGAAGGAGUUGAACUUCUAGCCGCCGAAAAGGCCGAAGACGAUGCGUCGCGCCGAAGAUACGGAACCGAUCGAUGGACCCGCGAGUCGUCGGAGGCAGCGGCAACGAAACUGUUCACAACGUCACGCGAGAUCGAUGGGUACUUCACCUCGGCACAGAGCAGCGACAACCUUGUCGAACAAAAGCUGAAGGACUCGGAGGCGGUGUUCCGCGUUCUCACUGGCACCAACCGGGAUCUGGAGAUGUAUGUGCCGAGCAGCCGUCGCGCGGCCAUUCUGCCGGAAGUCGAGCAGGAGGCCAUUCGACUCCGGGGUUGUUUGAGCGAGGUGAGCCGGCUGGAACACCGGCGGAAACGGAGGGCGCAAGCGCUGAAGGACAAGGCGCGAGCCGAUGAUAUCAGCAAAGCUCUCCUGAAGGAGGCUGCUCGCUUGGAGCGAGAAUUCCCGAUGCAAGCCAUUCAGGCAGGUCAGUUCGAGGAUCUGUUCGAGGAGCAGCUGCAUCUGUACGAUACCGACCUGGAAAUGGUGACGCAGGAGCAGCACGACCAGGACCAGAUCGCGGCGUUGGUGCGGGAAGCCAACCGAGCGUUCACGCGAGCGCACAAGGGCGAUGCGUCGACCCGGGAGCGGGAGAAGGCGCUGCAGGAACUGGAGAACGGGUACAUGAAGUACAAGGAGAUUAUCUCGAACAUGGAGGUGGGCCGGAAGUUUUACAAUGACCUGGCCAAGAUCGUGAGUCGAUUCCGCGACGACUGCAAAGCGUUUGUGCACCAGAGGCGGAUGGAAGCCAGUCAGAUGGAGUCGGACAUUACUAGUGCGGCAGCGAUGGCGUCGCUGAACCUGACGCAACCGCAUUUGCGGCCGUACCCGACGUCGAGCGCGUCUCCGCCGCCGGCGCCAGCAGCGCGAUCCGAGCCGUUGACGGCGCCACAACCGACGCGGGCCAACGCGAUGGCGCCGGGGGUCUGGUCGCCCGAAAUGGGCAUUCGAUUUGGCGGACAGGGGACCUGGGAUCCCAGCAAGGGAGUGAAGUUCUCUUAGUACGGAGGACUUCCGGGUAUUGCAAGUUUGCUAGAGGGUACUCUCCCACGUACAUAGACAAAUCUUUUAUAAACUACUAAACCCUCGACCAACAACAAAGAAUUAAG